AUGGAUUCGCUGUUGGCGGCAUGCACGGCGCUGCACGCGCCCCCUACGGGAUCAGAGUCUGAGCUCCGCCGCGCCCAAGCUGAAAAUUUCUUAACGAAAUUUAAGCAAAACUCAGACGCACUAAGCGACUCGAUAACAUUCUUGCAGAAUCGUCAAACGCCGCCCAUAGUGCAGUUCCAUUGCGUAGCCACCAUUCGCGAAGUGACACUUCAACGAUGGUCACAAUUAGCGCUGUCAGACAAGUCACAGGUACUAGACUUUAUCAUGCAGCUUCUGUUGGAUAGAUAUGCUGAGCUGCCAAAAUUUGUGGCAGCCACGGCACUGCAGACGGCGGUAUUAUUAGUUAAGCGAGGCUGGCUAGACCGACUCGAGUCAGAGCGAGUGGCUGUGCUGCAACAACUGGGUGCAAUGUUGCAGCCAGAUAAGGCUACUACUCAUCGUUUAUUAGCUGCGAAAUGGUUUUUAUCAUUCGUGAAUGAGUUUUCGUCAGCGUCGAGAGCAAGUAAUAUGAUGCAGCCCAUCGAGUUCCACACUAGGUCGCGACGCAUGCUCGAAAAAAGUGGUGAAUUGAAAGAUAUUGUUGCACUUGCUGUGUCAUUAUUAGAAGACUCAAUUCGUAGCACAACGACAGCAUGCGGAGUUGCAGGAUCGACGGGAAAUAUUCCUGCAGAACAAAUAGAGCUAUUGGAUACAGCUUUUCAGCUUUGUGGGGAACUUUUGAAUUGGCAACACGAGGAUUUACGGGAAGGUAACUUGACAUGGAGUCUAAGCACUACGACGGACGAAAGCGAUAUUAGCAACAGGCCAACACUGACUCCACAAGCUUCAUGGAGACCGAUAAUAGUUCGUCCAGAACUAAUACACUCGGCGUUCAAUACCUAUGCUUUUUUCCGCACUGUAGCUGCGAAAAACGAGACGCUACUUCAUUUAGCUCGUCAAUUUCUUAUUCAGUUAGCAUCAAUACAAGGCCCUAUUUUUGAGGAUAGGAAAGAACAGGUACAGUUUUUGGCUGAGAUCUUUCGCGGCGUCACCACAGUUGUGCACGAUCCAUUUUUUGACUUGGUGGCAAAAAAUGACAGCAUUGGAUGUCAGAUGGCCACGCAAGAGUUGGUCGACUGUUGCCAAAUACUCUUGAGACUCGCGAAUAACAUCGGUCUAGAUGCACUCCUUCAAGUGAGCUCUGGACAGCUAUUUCCUUCAUUUAUCGAAGAGCUAGCCUCCUUGACUUGCAAGCUUCUGCAUUCAGCUUUGGAGCGGACUAAGUGUCACUUGCACGAACAUCCAAAUGAUACAAUCGGUGAACUUUGGGAACUGGAGGGCGUCGACAUUUUGCUAGAUGCUUGGAUAGCGCUCGUGAAUGACCCGCUACUUACUGAUGCAGUGUGUCCUAAGUUGGAAGCGGAACAAGCGCUCGCCAUUCUUCGCAAAGCUUCGUCUCCUGUUGUGGAGCUCUAUCUGCAAGUUCAAUUAGAGUUGUGUGCCGUGGAGGUGCUAGCCGAACAGGAUGAAGAUGAGGACGUCGAGGACAAUGCUCGAAGUAGUGCUCGUGAACAGUAUGAAUUGGCUGCUGCACUUGCCAGACUUAACUCUUCUGAGUCAGCCUCAUUGCUACUUAUGCUCGUGCAGUCGUUGAUACAAAGCAUCCAGCAAGAAUUGACGGCGGUGCACAAUCAUGAUGAAAUGACUCCAAAACUAUCACAGCUUUUUGAAAAGCUGUAUUUUACUAUCGUGUUUGCGGGGCUAUUCCUUGCGGAUGACUAUAAAGGUGAACGACCAAGUAUUCCAAACCGGAUUCACACCACAUUUCAAAAUGAUACCAAAGCUGAAGAUUCGCCUAUUAUUAAUCUCAUUAUCGUGAUCCUAAAUCACGUUUUGGAGUUUGAAACAUCGCGUCUCGCACGAAAUCCAACGAAUGAAUGUGUCAGUCCCUUUUUAUCUGAAGGACUGAUCGAAUCAAUUACGCGCCUGUGCGCCACGUACCUGAUUCCGGAUAACCUUGAGCAUAAAGGUACAAGAGCACCAGCGCUCAUUCAGACUUUCGGCUUUGAGAAUGAAGGUCGCGGUGGUAAAUUGUUGUAUUUCGUUGUUGAGAAAGCAGUAAUUUACCUCCUUCACUGGCCGACACAGCCCGUGGUUAUGGAAUACAUAAUCGAAUUUUUCCUGGUACUCUCAAAUACGCGAGCCAUUAAUUCAAUUGUACGCUCAGAUCUGUGGCAAUCGUUAGCGCAAGCGAAUGGCACUGCUGGAACAUUUCUUGUUGGUUUAAGUGACAACAACUCUCCGCUUCGUGCUGCUGUUGCCAGAAUUCCGACUAGUCUUCGUGGUCAACUCACAGAGGCAGUGUGCCGCGCUGGAAUGACAUCGACUGAUUCAGAAUUGCGGAUGACCCACUUUCAGGCUGUAAGCCAGCCCAUCGCGAUACGCCUGCAACAGCUCAUCAAGGUGCCAAAUGUUGUGCCAAAGCAGAUCUCAAACGAUGUGUAUGUGCAGGAAGAGUUGAAGCUACUUGUUGAAAUGUAUUCGGGUAUCGCACGUUCUGCUGAAUCGACAAGUCACAAUCUUAUCACGUCAUUUUGCUUGCCUGCUCUUCCCAUCUUCGUACAGAUUUUUCAGGUUUUCCAGAGCGACUCGCAGCUCGUAAACUGCAUUUUUCAAUUCUUUUGCUCGAUGGUAGAAACGCAAUUGUGCUUUCUUCCCCCUUGUGAUGCGAUGCAAGUGUACUCAGCAAGCGACAAACUCAUUCGUGCCUACCGCUUCCAUAACUUAGGCAAAAAGAGCAUGCAGGGGGAUGCUGAAGAGGAAAGUUAUGUCGAUUUAUUGGCUCUACUUACAUUACUCUCUCAUCUGGCGGCAAAGGAUGUCAUCGAUUUCUCGGAAGAAUCAUCUACUGGGGUGGAGCAAGCCGAGGCUAAUUGUGCAUUAAGUGUUGUCGCCGACGUCGUCUUUUCGGGUCUGUGUCAGGUGAUCCCGCUCAUGACAGAGCAGUUGUUGGCAUAUCCAAGCUUGAGCAAGCAGUAUUUCACACUCGUGUCCUACAUGGUUGAGGUGUACGCCGAGAAUCUUGUUUUGUUGCCAAGUGAUCUAUUUCAAAUGCUGCUACAUUCACUAUUAAUCGGCAUACGUCACGUUUCGCUGGACGUUGUACGAAACAGUUUUCAGGCACUUGGUGAAUUAGCUUGUCACCACUGGAGAGCAAUACAAAGCAAAAAGCCAGGACUUAAUUCUCAUCUCCAGCAGCACCCGGAUAUGUUCAUGAUAUUUUUACGAGUCAUUUUCCGAAUGGCGCUUUUUGACAACUUUAAUCCUGUCAUUCUCGAUGCUUGUGCGGGCACUUUAUACCCCCUUAUAUUAAUUGAGCAAGCGCGCUACCAUACGCUGGCGGAAGAGAUUGGUUGUCAGCAGGAAAAUUUGGACGCUGGACGUCGGCAACGAUUAACUGCAGCAUUUGCUGAGCUUACCUGCUUCUUAACACCUGCGGACAUUGCACUGGGUGCAGCAACCACGCGCAAGAUGCGAAUGCAAUUCAAAACAAACCUUUAUGCGUUUGUGGCGGAGGUGCGCGGCUUUCUUCAAGUAAGGUAG